GAGGGACACGGGAAGGGCGGGUUACUCGAGGCUCGGAGUUUUUCAUAAUGUUGAAGCUUGUUUGGCACCUAAGGACGAAGUCAUACCCCCACUUUCCUUCCGUACCCUUCCUCCCCCUUCCUUUCCGGGUUCAACCAACCACAACUUACCAUAACUCACCCGCUUUUCCUCUCCUCCAUGCCCGCGAAAAACUUGGCGUCGAAUAGUCGCCCGUCGGCGUCUGCGUCCCUAAAAUCGCACCAUCACACAAAUUCGCAAACCACAGCCGCAGCGGCAAAACCCGCACCAACCAGGGUCUCAAUAACACUCCCUCCGCGCACAAAACGCAAAUCUCUUCUGGAACUCGAGCCCGAAACACCCAGCGAAUCGUCGUUGUCGCUCUCCGAGCUGGAUGACAAUGCAGAGGGGGAGGAAGCGAGUGAAACAGAGGGCAGUUCUUCUGCCAGUCGGCGGGGUGCGAAACUUCGCAAGUCAGCAGUCAUAUCAGCUCCUCCGGUGUUGUUGCGGCCCUCGAAAAAACGACGACGCAUCGGCACGGGUGACGACGCGCGGCCGUUGGCGCGGACGGCGGCGUCCGUCAAGCGGGAGCGCGAAGCAGAGACGACGAAACUGGAGAAGGAAGGAAGGAAAUCCGUCGGUGGCAGGCCCAGAGAGAAGAAGGAAUGGUACGUCUCACCCGCCCCUCGAGAUCCCCCGGCCCACGACGGCGCCUGGCGCCACCCCGCCGACCUCCCGUAUCUACAGUCCGGGUUUUCUGAUCUCGAAAUCGCCCGGUUCAUUCGGUAUAAGGGGGCAUUUAGCGUCCCGCCACAAUCUACGCUCGCAUCGUCGAAGGAUCCGUGGGCUAGCAUCACCCGUGCGGAUGGGCGGAAGAUCACUAUCCCCCGGGCGUACCGCAUGCCGCUUCUCUGGAUCGGCCGGUACCUGUGGAGUUCGGCUCAGAUCACUCUGUCUACCGGAAGCGCGGAAGACUGGGAACGGACGAAGUGGGAGCUGUUAUAUGUCGCUCGGUUGUGCGAUGCGUUCUUGAACGCUGCGGCGGAACACCAUCCGAUGGAGCGCGCUUGGCGAUGGCCCACGAUCGACCGGGUUUUGGUCCGGUAUUGGUAUCACUGGCUUAUCUCGAAGGAUGAGUUUGUCAAGGAUUUUGUGGCCGAUUUUGGGGAGGAAGAGUUUGCCAUCGAUUUUCUCAAAAAGCCUUGGAAGCAGUGGGCAAUUAAAGGUUAUCGAGGAUUCGCCCUGACGCCCGAAGAAGCGCAGAACGGCAUCUCCUCCGAGGAAUUCACGUCCGGAUUUGUUAUUGAUGAUGACAAGGGAACAUUCCGCUGGGCCGAGCCGGGUCGUCCUGAGGGAGAGCCUACUCUUGUCGUCAGGGAAGAAGAGACUUUGACAGGUGAAGAGAAUAAUGGGACUUCACUCCCGGCCGAGUCGAACGAUCGCGACGUAGAGAUGAAGAGUGUGACAGAGGAAGAGGAGCAGGCAAUUCCACCUCCCCCACCGAGUGAAUACGCACCCGAACAGAUCACAAGCACGGAUGUGCCAGAGCAGGAUACCCAUAAAAUAGGUGUCAACUCUUUGACUCUCACGAUCAGCAUCGAUGCCCAAGAGCAGUCGACUCGAGAUCAAGGCGGCAAUAAUCAGCAGCAGGCUGACGAAGCGCAGACAAUCCCAUCUUCUAAACCCUCGUCAAGCUCAAGAUCAUCGGCAGUGGUGGCGCGGACGACAAUGGGAAGUCGUGCACCGGGUCGAGCGGAUGCUAUCCUUCGCCGCAGCGAACAACCCGAAGACCUUGAAGAGGACGACGAGGACGAGAGCAGAACCGGCGCCAUAGAUCAGAAUCUCGGACCGAACGGAAUGGAAGACCAGCCAAUGCGUGAGGUAGAACUCGUCGUGAAACCACGCCACUAUACGAUACCGCCACCGCCGCCAUCGAUGAGCUCGUCUUCUGGCCACAAUGCGACGCCAAAACUUCAUAUGGACCUCGAUCUAGAUGAUGACGGAUUGGAACUGAUGUAUCCAGAGGACGUCCGAGAUGUCCCUCCUCCGACAGCGACUGAAGACGCCAUGUCCACUCGUGGUACGAGCGACGGAAGCUCGCCCGAUGCAUCGUCACGGGGUUCGCCAUCACCACCAAUUUCAUUCUCGCAGGCGCUCUUCGCAGAUGGGGAAAAUUCCGGGGUGUCUUUCGAUGUGGACAUGAUGAAGCAAGUUUUGACGAAGAUGGCAGCGCUUGGAGAAGAGGUCCGGGCUUUGCGUGAGGAAGUGAGCGUUUUGAGAGCCCAGGUUUCUUCUGCGUAGGGUGUGCCCGGUGGCGAUCCAAUGUAUCUUUUGUAUAAUGUAAGCUUCAAUUUGAAUCUCAAAUCGUGCUUUCGAGCGAGAAAAGAAGGCACACAUUCGCUUGAACGUACUGCGUAUGGUUCGAGCGGGAUUCCAGUUCUGAAAUUUCGUCAUUUGCCCUGCUUCUCUGACUAGGCUUCAUUCGCUGGUUCUUUAUUCUUCGACGCACCUCCUCCAUCAACGGAAUUAUGUAUCUACGCA